GUUUUUGCGAGGAUUACAAACACGUGGUGAUAAACGCGCGACACGAACUCAUUCUGAUACGUUCCCGAACCGACGCUAAUUGCAUCGUCACGAAACCGGAACGUCACAAGAAUCCUACGAUUACUCUGUUGAAAGUGCAAUGGCGAAUGCCGCACGUGGUGCUGAACGACGUCAAUAAAUUGUCCUUUUUACGAACGUUGGAGAGCGGACGAUACCUAAGCAUUCGUGGGCUGUGGAAACAGCGACACAGCUUGAAACCGCGAUACGUCAUUUUCGCGCUACAAACCGGGAGGUCCAACAACUUAUUGAAACACGCCUCCGAGUUCGACGACGGUAAUCUCACUCAUGUGAAACUGUACCUUAAUUCAGAUUUUUAUCCCUACGACGAUAUGAACUUGGAUUUUGAGAAGCGUAGAACGGCCAUACUGUACGAGAUGUACGCGAAAUUUCGAAAGUCGUAUUACGGAUGCGAGCGAGAGAACGCGCUUCUAACGAUGGAAGAAUUCGACAAAUGGGGCCCGUUCGUGGUCAUCGACUGUUUUCGUCAGAACGAAUCCGUCAAAAGCGCCACCGUAGACGUUCGCAUAGAGUUCGAUUGCAAACAUAAUAUAGAUUCCAAUACGACGGCCUACUGUCUCAUCAUCCACGAUCGCGUGAUCGAGUACAAUCCGCUGACUAACAUAGUCCGCAAGAUCGUGUAA